UUAUUUUACCUCUACUUUUAGCACUGGUUUGUAGAAGACAGUUUCAAUGUAAUGUCCGAACUGAAUUGGGGAGAGACGCUCUGGGACCAGUGGGACAGGGUGCAAGAACACACUGAACAUGGCCUAGAAUUUACUAAGAAAUGCCAAGAAUUUGUCAGGGAUAGGAUAAAGGUUGAAAUAGAUUAUGCCAAGAGUUUAAGGGGCCUUAAAAAACGGUAUAAACUUAAAAACGCUGAGGAUGAUGCUGGCAACUCUCAUAGUGCAAGAACGAGCAUUAAAGAGUCAGUCAGAAAUCUUAGUAGAAAGUCCAACACCUCGCUAGACGAUCCGAAUUUCUCAACGAUAAAAGCUUACAACGUGUUCCUGGGACAGUUAGAUCUGAUUGCUAGGGACCAUGAAAUAGUUGCGGAGGGACUUCAAGAGAAAGUAGCAGAACGGUUAAAAUCGGUACAAAAGGAGACCACCAACAACCGCAAAAAUUUGUGUAACACGGCAAACCAGCUGCAACAUGAGUACAAGGAGUGGCAAGUCGUCUUAGAAAGGAAUCAGCAAAAAUACGAGAAAGCAGCUAAAGAAGCCGACGCAGCAGGGCAAGCGUUCGGUCGGGUUAACGAUGAUAUGAACGCUACUAAAGCUCAAGUGGAAAAAUCACGAUCACAGAUGAGCUACAGACAGGAUCUUAUGGAGAAGUCUAAGGGCGAUUAUAUAAUCGCUGUUGAAACAACUAAUAACAAUCAACACGAAUAUUACCACCAGCGGUGGCCAGGUCUAAUAAACCAGAUGCAGCGCUGUGAAGAGAACAGAAUAGAAGAGCUAAAGUCCAUCCUGAUAGAACAUUGUAACAUACAGAGUUCCAUACUGCCUCAUAUCACCACGUGUAUUGAAACCAUGACGGAGAGUUGCGAGAAGAUAAGCCCUGCCGAGGACAGCGAACUGUUGAUGGAAGAACGAAGUAAUCAGCCUUACCCUGGGGACCAUAUGUUUAUGGAAUGGAAUUCUAAAGCUCCCCCCUCAGCUUUUGGUUCGCACAAUAAUUCAACGCGAAAAACUAAGCGAGAUCGCAAGAAAACGAAGAUAUUUGGGAGGAAUGUUGGCGGUAGCUCUGAAUCGGUUAACAAGGAAGGUCUCGAAAACUUGCCUCCAGAGAAAAGAAAAAAGGCCUUCAAAGAAAAGAUUAAAGAAAUUGAGGGUAAGAUUAAUAUACAGCUGAAAGCUCGGGGUGCUCUGGAAGAAAUAUUAGAGCUAUACUCUCAAAAACCGGAGUUAGGCAGUGUGGAAGCUAUGGAGGACAGCAGAUCACAAAUGGAUGAUAUCACUCAGACGCUGGAGAGAUUGCAAGAGGAACUGUAUAAAUAUCAGUGUUACUUGGCGGCACUGAUGGACAAGACAGCUCCAGAUAAACCCCAUAUUGGAUCGCAUUUACAAGCGGAUGCUGUCUCUAUAACAUCAUCUGUUUCGCAUAUUUCUCAUGUAUCCGCUAGUCAUUCUGGCGACGCUGAGCUGCCUCCACCCGACCAAAUGUCUCCGAACGAGUUCGACCCAGUUUCUCCGACUACCAACGAGUUCAACAGCGACACUUAUUAUGAAGUACCCGACAACAACGUACCGCCUCCGAGUGCUCCUGUUACAGGCUUAUCAGCGAAUAACCAGUGCUCUGUACUCUACGAUUACGUUGCUCAACACGACGACGAGCUUGAUAUCUGGGCGGGAGAAGCUCUCUCCAUAGUCGAGGACAACGGAACUGGCUGGGUCAAAGCCAAGCGUAAUGACAACGAAAUCGGGCUCGUUCCAGGGAAUUACAUCGAAUACGUCGAGUUGUACUCCUAGAAACCAUGCUGACAGAGUUUCCAUGGCAACAGACCAUGUUUAUGUUGAUGAGAAGAUUGAAGAUGUUGUUGUUGGACAGUGUUGUAUGUUUAAGGAAGAAUUAUAGAGCGUCCCUAGAAUGAGAUGGUCCCUGUUUAUUAUUUUGAUAGAAAUGAUAUUUUUUGUAUUGAAAUACGUCAUCUCAGACUCGAGACGUUAUCCCAUUCUCGUGAUAUCGAUUGAGUUGACUGUUGGUAUUAAUUUUGAUUAAUUCUCGAUGAAAAUUUUUGAUUCAAAUAAAUGGUGUAUUUAGGAAUUAGCUGCUCUUAGUCUUGAUUUUAUGGCAUUUUUCUUAUGAUGACAAAUAAUUUAAAGUAUUAUUUCCGAUUGUUAUUGUUUGCCUGUCAGGAUAUAUUUUUUACAUAUACACCCGUUUCAAUAAGUCCGAUGCGAUGUAACAAAUAGUCCCCUCCGGGCCACCUAAUAUCUGCAUAAUUUACAUGCAAGCUAGUGUGUUUCGAAUAAUGGGAUAUAAUGACACAGUAUUAAGUUUUCUUGGUUGAUAUGCUGGAAAUGAAUACUUAUAUAACCGAUUACCGAACGUCCUAAUACCCUUCCUGCCUAAGUAAAGCUCAAGUGCAUUCCAGAUACUGCCACGAUACCGGCACUACGCAAAUAGCUAUUUGACUGAAUGUAUGGAUAUUAUAAGCUACGACCAUUUUUUAGUAAUUUUGUUUUAAAAUUUUAUUUUUACUA